AUGAGAAGGUAAUGUUUUGAAUCCUGGAAAAUUGAUCCAAAAAAAUUUCAGAAAAAUGCGCCAAGUAACCGAAUUUUUUUGCAAUGGCAUCGCUCUCGAAAUGCAAAGAGAUCAAUCAAAAAAUGGGCGAAAUGAUAUUUAUUUCUGGGUUCCAUAUAAAAGAGAACAAGUGUUGUUCAUGGAAGAAAUGAGGUUGGAAUUUUUAAAAAAUAUUUUCUAAAUUACGAUUUUUCAGAGGUAAUAUUCCAAAAAUAAAAUAUUCCGGAACUUGGGUGUCAUUCUCAUUGAAUAGUUCUUAUCGAAUGGAUGAAUUCAGUGAUGUUCAAUUUGUCAAUGAUGUUUUUCCAACAAGAUUUUUUGCGAAUAGAUGUGAAGUUAAAGUGUCUGUGAAUUUCGAUAAAAAUACAUGGAAACAAGGAUGUUAUCCAGAGAUGAUGAGUCAACAAUGUGCUGGAAUUGUGGUUGAUUUAACUGGCACACUGGGUAAGAUUAUUAUGAGCUCUAAUAUCAUGAGCUCUGAUAUUUUCUCAGAAAAAUAUGGGAUGCUGAAAUCGUUUCACGGUGAAGCUUGGGUUCAUUAUUUUCCGCAUGAAAGAGGAAUUCGAUUUGUUUUAUCAGAAAAACAAGAACAUUGGGAUGAGGAAGCUGAAAAUGAUGUAUUUAGAAGUCGAGGAAGAUCAAGAACACCUAGGAAUAAUGGAAAUUAUGGUAAUUCGACGGAUUUAAAUAGGAGAGAAAGAUCGAGACCAUCAAGAGAAGAAGAAUUUGAGGAUAGGUAAGUUUUUGAGUACAUAUUUAGAACAAAUAUUGUAUUAAUCGAUUUUUAAGUGAUUUGAGAAAAUCAAGAUCAGUGAGCAGAAAACCGAGUCAUCAACCAGCAGAAGAAAAUGAUUCCGAUGAUUCAUGGGAUCAGGAAGCGAAUAGAAGAUCGAGAAUAAGAGAAUAUUCAAGACCACCAAUGAGAUCACCUGAAAGAUCAAAUUAUCGAGAUAAUUUUGAUCGUAGAAGAAAAAGAUCAAGACCUAGAGAAGAUUUUGAUAUUGUUGAUCAAAGAAAUCGAGAAUAUGAAAGAAGAUCGAGAGAAACAUCGAGACCUCCAAUGAAACAUGAAAAUGAAAGGGAAAAAUCAAGACCCCGUGAAGAUUUUGAUAUUGUUGAUCAGAGAAAUCGAGAAUAUGAACGAAGAUCGAGAGAAACUUCAAGACCACCUUCGAGAAAAAGAGAUGAUACAAGUAGUAUUCCAUCAACAUCUCGAAGUUAUAAUGAUGAUCUAUCAAAAGUUCAGACGAAUUUGAAAAAAUUGAAGACAAGAUAUGAAUAUUUGACUGCAAAUAAUAUGCCGAUUCCUGAAAAAUUGAGAGAAGAUCUUGGAAAUGCGAUUGCAGAAGAGAUUCGAUUGAAGAAAAACAAUCAGGAUCUGGAUGAUAGAAAAUCGGGAUCAUCAAGAGUUGAAGUGAAUGAAGAAGAUCUACAAAAAUAUAAAGAGGUUAGUCUGAAAUUAAAAUUAAAAUUAGAAAUUUCAAUUAUAUUUUUUAGCUCGUCGUAAUGUUCCGUGAAAUGUUGUCUUCUCAAGAAGUUUGUGAAGAAAUGCGAAGAUUUGAUGAAAUUGCAAUGGAUAAUAUUAAUCAACUACUUUUUGAUUUGUAA